CUUACUGUAAACGCCUAUCAUAGUCGUUGCAACCACCACGUAGCUGCGCUGCCGUCGACCUAAUAAUGGGGUGAGUAGGGGUGAAACGGGGAUGAUUCGGCCAGUAGCAUGCCGCCCUUCGUGCUAUAAACAUCGUGCAACUCCCUCGGAAACGGAGAUCGUCGAUGGUGGUCGUCCUCUUCACCUGACUUCCAUCUUUUCAAAUCUCGAUAUAAUUUACACCUGAAAUCAUCGUACAACGUCAGUGAUAGUCACUUCGUACACACACAUACACACAUUUAAUAAUCUCACGUGAUGAGAGUCAAGAUGUAGAGCAAGUUCGAGGAAGUAACGAAAAAUGGUGGACAAAGAGGAAAUAACGAAGACACCCUCGCCCCUGAAUAUCAACGAGGCGAUCGAGGGGGAUGCGUUGAAUCAAAAGACUGCUAGGAUACUUAAGAACGAUCUUCUAUUAUACGAGGCUGUGAUAAAAAAUGAAGCGGACACCGUUCGAAAAGUGCUCAAAGAGACUGUGGACGUCGAUUCCAGGAACAACUAUGGACGAGCGCCAAUUCAUUGGGCAGCAUCGAGGGGAAAUACGGAGAUCAUCGAGAUGUUGAUACAAGCGAAAUGCGACAUCGAGGCGAGAGACAAGUUUGGCAUGCGUCCGUUACACAUGGCUGCGCGAUAUGGACACAGGGACGCUGUUAAAAUGUUAAUCAACGCUGGAGCAAAUGUGUCAGCGGUGAACAAGAAACAAUAUACUCUUUUAAUGUGUGCUGCUCGAGGCAACAACGUUCGUGUCGUCGAAUAUCUUGCAGAGGCUGUGGAAUCGUUGAACGGAGAUGCAACUGACUGCACCGGUGCAACUGCACUUCACCAUGCAGCUAGCGCCGGUCAUCCGAGUAUGAUAACCGCGCUUUCCAACGUGCCGAGAAUCGAGCUCAACGCUACUGAUAAAAAAGGCCAAACACCGAUACACUGCGCCUGUGCGGAAGAACACCUGGAAGCUGUGGAAGUUUUGAUAGCUCUAGGAGUGAACGUGGACGCUCAGGAUUACGAGGGGAACACCCCUCUCCACGUGGCCACGAGAACGAGGCACACAGCCAUAGCUCAAUUAUUGUUAAGGGCCGGGGCGAACACCGAAUUGAUCGACGAAAUAGGUUUCACUCCCCUUCACGUGGCCGCCAGCCAGGGUUGCAAAGGUAUACUAGAGUCGAUGAUUCAACACGGUGCGGCGCUCAACAAACAGUGCAAGUAUGGGAACACGCCUUUGCACUUGGCCUGUCAAAACAACGAAGUAGAAACGGUUGAGAUACUGAUCAAUAAAGGCGUCGAUCUAAAUUGUUUAAAUUCGAGGUUACAAUCACCCUUCCAUAUCGCGACGGAAAUAGGGCACAACGACAUUUGCAAGCUGUUGCUAGCAGCAGGCGCAAACAUCGAGCAAAGAGAUCAGAGCGGAAAGACGCCACUUUACAUCGCGGCGAGGGGCAGUUUCACGGCCAUCGUCGACAUGAUAAUUAAAACAGCGAGAUUGGAUUAUCCCACGCCGGAGGAUUCGACGUCUGACAAAGAAAUUCGAGAUUUGACACCGGCUAGAAGAAGAUGGCGAGAGGGAUCGAGGGGUGAAAGUAUCUCGAGUAACAAUAGCGUACUUUCGGAGCAUAUACGAUCGAUUCUGUGGAAAUUGGCGUACAAACAAUUAGGGCCUGAGGAUUGGAAGAAAUUAGCGUUGCACUGGGCGUUUACGAACGAUCAGAUUCGGGCGAUCGAGCAUCAGUAUACGGCUCCCCUUAUAGGUCCUUCGAGUUACAAAGAGCACGGUUUCCGGAUGCUGAUGAUCUGGGCAUCAGGAUUGAAUCCUGAAAUCUCUGUAGGGAGAGAGCUUUGCGACGCUUUGUCCGCGGUGGAUAAAAAAUCUGUUGCUGAAUCCGUUCGUAAGCACAUGGAUCAAGAAAAAGAUGGGAAAACGAAGUUGAAUAAACAACGAUGUCAUAAAUGUUCCAUCACUUAAGAAUAACGAUUAACGAUUCCAUUCGAGUCGAAAUGAAAUUACGAA